CCGCGCGCACGCUGGGGGCGUGGCCGGGCGACGCUGUCUGGCGCCGAGCGCCGCUGUGCUCCGAGGAGGCGUCGCCUACCUGGGCCCGACGGUCAGUGUGGCCGCGGAGUUCCGCGCGCGCAGGCCCGGGGCUGCGCCCUCCGUUCCUUACCGACCUCCCCGGCCCGUGGAGAGGUGGCGCUUGGACACUGCCCUCCGAGGGAGGCCCGUCCAUCUGGUCUCUGCUGCGGAUCCUCGGACCCUCUCCGCGGGCGCCUCGCGUCGCCACAGCUCUCCUGAGGCUGCAGCUGUCAGCUCCCAAUCCUCAGCACUUGCCUGGGCCCGUUUACCACGUCUACCACGUGCAGCCGUCCCUGUUCUGUUGAGUCGUGCAAGCUGCUUCUGUCCACACCCCCCUCCCACUGGCUUGCCCCCUGGGGCGGUCUCCCGUCUGCUCCCAGCAUGCCCUGUGGGCAGCACCAUUGGCAGGGCUCUUGCAGUCCCACCCAGGCAGUGGCCAGAUGUGCCAGUGCACACAUCCUUGGCAGCAGAUGGACUGGGCCUCCUCUGAGGCGGGUGCAUCCCCCUUGUGGACCCUUGGAUCUAGCUGGGGACCCUGUAUGGGUGCACACAACUGUGGAGCAGAAGAGCACAGCUAGUGGCACUCCCAGUGUCCCCAGGUGACUGUGCCCUGCCCAGCAUGGCGGCCCACCUCUCGCCACCGCCGGACCCCCAGUUUGUCCUCCGAGGCACUCAGUCACCAGUGCACGCACUGCAUUUCUGCAGAGGAGCCCAGGCCCAGGGGUGUCCGCUUCUCUUCUCAGGGUCUCAGGAUGGCCUGGUGCACAUCUGGAGCCUGCAGACGCGGAGAGCGGUUGCCGCCCUGGACGGCCACGGGGGCCAGUGUGUGACCUGGCUGCAGACACUGCCCCAGGGGCACCAGCUCCUCAGUCAGGGCCGGGACCUGAAGCUGUGCCUGUGGGACCUGGCGGAGGGCCGGAACACCGUCGUGGACUCCGUACGCCUGGAAAGCGUGGGCUUCUGCAAGAGCGCCAUCCUGGCUGGCGGGCAGCCACGCUGGACACUCGCCGUGCCGGGGAAGGCCAGCGACGAGGUUCAGAUCCUGGAGAUGCCGUCUAAGACGUCAGUGUGCACCCUGAAGCCGGAGGCAGAUGCCAAGCCGGGCAUGCCCAUGUGCCUGGGGCUGUGGCAGGCUGACUCCAGCCCCCGCCCACUCCUCCUGGCUGGCUACGAGGACGGAUCGGUGGCCCUGUGGGACAUUUCUGAGCGGAAGAUGUGCAGCCAUGUCUCCUGCCACGAGGAGCCCGUCAUGGGCCUUGACUUCGACCCCGAGAAGGCCCGGGGCGUCUCAGGCUCCGCAGGGAAGGCGCUGGCUGUCUGGAGCCUAGAUGGGCGGCAGGCCCUGCAGGUGCAUGGGACUCAUGAACUCACCAAUGCUGGAGUCGCCGAGGUCGCCAUCCGGCCGGACCGCAGGGUCCUGGCCACCGCAGGCUGGGACCACCGUGUCCGCGUGUUCCACUGGCGGACAAUGAGGCCGCUGGCCGUGCUGGCCUCGCACAGCGCUGCCGUCCAGUGCGUGGCCUUCGCCGCCACCGGUGGCCUGCUGGCCGCGGGGUCCAAGGAUCAGCGCAUCAGCGUCUGGUCGCUCUACCCGCCCCGUGACCUGCGCCCUUCUGAGAGACGGAGGGACGGAGGUGGGCGCCGGCUCCUGCCUUGACUAGAAGCUGCCCCGCCCCACAAGGGCCCCCGAGCGCCAGCAGGUCAGCCCAGGGAUCACCGAGCCCUCGAUCUCCUCUCGCGCCGGCUUUCCCUUCGUGAGACGCGUCAGCACGUGACCAGCGGGACACCUGGGGCUCUGCGGCCGGGGCGAUGCUGGCCGGGCCGGCGUGUGGCCACCCUGAGAGCGUUUUACAGUAAACCUCCUACUGGCAACCUG